GGGGUACGUGGUAUAUUAACCACUGAUGUGUCCGCAAAAAUUAUUUUUGUUGUUGUUCCCAAUUUCAGAAUACAACAAUGGUAGCAGCACCUCUCAAGGAAGAAAGAAUGGUCAGAGGUCUUUCCAAGGGAAUUGUGAUGAAAAUAUUCAUUAUGAACGUCGUGGGUAUGAGCUUUGGCGUUCGCACCUCCAGGAGGAUGAUGGAAACACAGCAAUGAGGGAAGCCCACGAGGACCUCCAUGUGAGACACACCCCCCCAACCACCCAAGACUACAAUAGAAAAGUAAGGUGGCAUGAUGAAGAUCGCAUCCAUAUUACUGUGUGGAGAGAUGGAAAACCUCCAAAGAGAGAAAUGGAGGAGAACGGACAGGAUGGAACCUCCGAGACCUGGUUCAAGAUCACAGUUCCUUGCGGGAGAAAGUAUGACAAGACUUGGCUACUGGAUUCCAUCCAGAGCCAUUGCAGUGUUCCCUUCACCCCGGUUGAUUUCCACUAUGUAAAAAUGCAGGCCCAGUUCUUUGUCCAGGAUAUUAACACUGCAUCUGCCUUGAAGAAUAUCAGCUACAAGAUUCAUGAUGAUGAGAACCAAAAGAUAUGUAUUUUUGUCAAUCACUCUAUUGUACCCCAUUCUGUGCAGAAUAAGUUGAAGCCAGAACAAUUGGAGCAGCUAAAGUUGACCAUGAACAAACGAUAUGAUGUCUUCAAGCAAGCUCUUGACCUCCAGAGCUUCCGCUUUGACCCAGACUUGGUGGACCAUGAUAUUGACAUGAUCCUGAAUCGAAGACACUGCAUGGCUAUCACCCUGAACAUCAUCGAAGAGAAUUUUCCUGAGCUCUUGUCCUUGGACUUGCGCAGCAACAAACUCUACCAGCUAGAUGGCCUGUCUGACAUUAUACAGAAGGCCCCCAAAGUUAAGAUCCUGAACCUGUCCAAAAAUAAGCUGAAGUCAGCAUGGGAGUUGGACAAGAUAAAAGGUCUGGAGCUCAAAGAGCUGUGUCUAGAAGGAAACCCACUGUGCAACAACUUCUCAGACCAUUCCGCCUAUGUGAGGGCCAUCCGGGAUUGUUUCCCUAAGUUGUUAUGCUUGGAUGGCCAGCAGUUAGACGCAUCACUUACUGUUGAAAUUGAAGUCCCUGAUAUAAUGAGACCCUGCAAGGAAAGUUAUAAAGGAUCUGAGACCCUAAAGAAUCUAGUCUUGCAAUUCCUGCAGCAGUAUUACUGGAUCUAUGACUAUGGUGACCGGCAGGGUCUUCUGGAUGCUUACCACGAUGAGGCUUGCUUCUCGCUGACCAUUCCCUUCAACCCUGAAGACCCAGCUCCAGUCAGCUUGGACAAGUACUCCAAGAGGAGCAGGAAUAUGAAGAAACGCAAGGACCCCAUCCUGCGGGUUCAGUUGCUGAAACACACAAAACAUGACGUUGUUGACUCCCUCAGUAUGUUGCCCAAAACCCAGCAUGACUUCAGUUCCUUUGUGGUGGACAUGUGUGUCCAGACGGAAAAGAUGCUCUGCUUUUCUGUCAAUGGGGUGUUCAAGGAGGGUGAGUGUCUGUAGAGCCCCUUUCCCAUGUCCCCCAAUUUCCUUCCCCCUGACGGGCUCCCUCUCAGAAC